AUGUCUAAUACUCACAUCGCUCUCCUCUACUACGACUACUACCUCACCUUUCCCGCAGAGGUGAAGUACAUCUGGGGUGCAAAAUUCAAAACAUCAACGGUCCUCUACGUGUGCUGUCGAUACGCGUUGCUGGCGAAUGUGCUCUAUCUACUGGCUAUUGCGCAUGUCCUCAAAGAGCUCCGUAGUUGCAACGUUUGGUAUACAGUCAACGGCUAUCUGAGUAUAGUCGGUCGAGCGGCCGUCCUCGCCAUCUUCGCAGCGCGCACUUGGGCGGUCUGCAGUCGAAGCAAAGCGGUCCUCUUCGCGCUCGGAUCUCUAGCGACGGCGUGUAUUGGGUUGGAUUUUUGGCACGUCACCGGCGUCAAGUGUUCGGGGCCGAGUUCACCUAGUAGCCAUAUAUCCAACACCUCGCUAUCCAUCCUCGUCUGCAUCUUCGAAUGCACCGCAACGGUCAUCACCAUCGUUCGAUGCAUGCAAGCCCUGCAGAUGCUGAAGAAAAACGGGCGUCGUCCCCAGGAGAGUAAUAUCAUGUAUUUUAUGCUCAAAGAAGGUCUAUUGUACUUUUGCGGUGUGUUCAUAUUCACGUUCACAGCUGUCGUUUUAAACUUUGAAGAACCCACCGGCUUUUUUGGAAGCCUGCUCAACGCGCUCACUCUCCCCAUCUCAGGCCUCCUCUCCGCCCGCCUCCUCCUCCACCUCCGCGCAUGGAGCCAGCGCCACCUCGUCUCGCUAUCGCGGGACGAGCACGGUCUGGGGGACGCCGAUGGCGGGAACCCGCACGAACCCCGCACCCGCCGCAAGGGCGCUCGCGGUGGGUAUGCACACGGGCACGACAAGGGGCAGCUCCCGUCGUUCCACGCCGCCACUGUGCGCACGGAGUCGGAUGUGGAGAUGGAUGUGGGGAUGGACGGGUUUGGGGGAGAUCCGGUGGGGAAUGUGAUGCGUGACCCGGAGCUGUCGAUGGGGUGGGGUGUGGCGGGGCCUUCGGGGCCGGGUUCGAAGCCGGAGGCGUCGAGGUGGAGGGAGGGGGGUGGGGAGGUGAGGCAGGUGAGGAGGGGCGAGAAAGAGGACGGUGGGAGUGGUGGCGCGGAGGGUGUAGAGUCGAUCUCGUUGAGAUCCAUCGACGCGGAUUUGGAGGGGGUUGGUGUGUGUGAUUCAUAUGACAGCACUGCGAAGCGGGAAGGGAAGAGGAGGGAUAUGGGAGAAGGGCCGGUGCAUGUGGUGAUUCCGUCUGAUGUCUGA